CCAAGCAGCGGGAAGGGAAGGCCUGGCUGCAGCCGGAGCUGGCAGGUGGCCGAGCUGGGGGUGGACAGGCGGGCUGGGGCUGGGGCUGCCCAUUGGCUGCCUCGGGCUCACACCCCGCCUGCCUCCCUAGCCUGUGGCUCCCUAGCCAGCCCCUGCCUCUCCAGCUGCUUCUAAACUCCGGAGCAAGCACCUCCUGCUGGGCCAUGUCGAGCUGCAACCAGAUUGGAGUGGCCCCUGCUAUGGACAUGCCUGAGGUCCUCAAGUCCCUGCUGGAGCAUUCUUUGCCUUGGCCAGAGAAGAGGACAGAUAAGGAAAAGGGGAAGGAAAAACUGGAGGAAGACGAGUCUGCAGCAGCCAGCACCAUGGCCGUCUCUGCCUCCCUCAUGCCACCCAUCUGGGACAAGACCAUUCCCUAUGAUGGCGAGUCUUUCCACCUAGAGUACAUGGACCUGGAUGAGUUCCUGCUGGAGAAUGGCAUCCCUGCCAGCCCCACCCACCUGGCCCAGAACCUGCUGCUGCCUGUGGCAGAGCUUGAAGGGAAGGAGUCUGCCAGCUCUUCCACAGCGUCUCCACCGUCCUCCUCUACUGCCGUCUUUCAGCCCUCAGAAACCGUGUCCAGCACAGAAUCAUCCUUGGAAAAGGAGAGGGAGACCCCGAGUCCCAUCGACCCCAACUGUGUGGAGGUUGAUGUGAACUUCAAUCCUGACCCUGCUGACCUGGUCCUCUCCAGUGUGCCAGGUGGGGAGCUUUUUAACCCCCGGAAGCACAAGUUUGCGGAGGAAGACCUGAAGCCCCAGCCCAUGAUCAAAAAAGCCAAGAAAGUCUUUGUUCCCGAUGAGCAGAAGGAUGAAAAGUAUUGGACAAGACGCAAGAAGAACAAUGUGGCAGCUAAACGCUCCCGGGAUGCCAGGCGCCUGAAGGAGAACCAGAUCACCAUCCGGGCGGCCUUCCUGGAGAAGGAGAACACAGCCCUGAGGACGGAGGUCGCGGAGCUUCGCAAGGAGGGCACUGCCUGCACUUCAGACCUCUGCCUGGGGCUUCCUGGACCCCACACUCGUGUGGAGACUUAGGACUCUUCAUGGGCACAUGGUGGCGUACCUGCUCCAGGAGCGUUCAUGUCUCAGCUUCAUUCUAACAUGGCCAGCACACGUGGUGACUUCCCCAGGGGACCAGGCUCCUCUCUGAUGGGGAACAUGAGCGAAUCUAUGUAGACGGGUAAAUGGCCCAAGUUUCUCUUCUUGGAUGCCCCAGCCGAUCAGAAGGGACCUCUGCAGUCCAGAUCUCUCUUUACAGAGUGCUCAGGCUUUCCCAGCCUCCCUCAGUCUCCAGUCUGGACCGACAAGGGCUGUCUACAGAAUGAGUCAUGAUUGUUGUCACCCUAAUGUUGUCUCAGGUAGCAGGUGCAUUUCCACUUGGGGUGUGUCUGUCAUGCACCUCACCCUCCCCAAAAGAAUCUUUGAGAGAAAUAUUCAUUCCCAUCUGUCUCAGAGCCAGGACACUCUGAUACUCUGUUAGUGUGUGGAGGAUGGUGGGCCAUAAGAAUGGGGUCUCUGCGUAGCCAGGAAUUGGGGUGGGGCUUGGGGCUUUCAGCAGAAGUACAUCCUCCCAUUCUUAGCUACCAUAUCCCUUUUGUCUUGUGGCUUUCAGGCCUGAAGCAGCCCUGGGAUCAGCUCCCUCUGCAUCCCACUUGCUAUAGAAGAGACAUUUCCGGGAUGGCUGGUCUCUGGGCUCCAAUUGCCAGCACCUAAGGCGGCCUUUGUAUCUCAGGCCAGUCUGGAGGCUUCUGACUUCCGCUUGCCUAGCUUCUGAUUAUUUUCAUGCAGGAACCAUUCUCAGAUCUUACGUUUAAAAAGAAACCCCAUCACCUAAGAAGCUUAAGCUUGCUAGGCCAGAGUACCACUUCUGCAUGGUAUUUAGGGAACUGGUCUCCAGUCUCCUGUUGUGGGCACCAGAGCGAGGGGCUGUCUUGUGAGACGCUCCAUUGGUUCCUUGUCCCAGGCCAGACUCUAGUCUCCCUGAAGGCAGAAGAAGGCCUUUCACUUCACAGAUCAGAAUCCCUCCCCGUGAGUGUCAGGGUGCAGCCUCAGAGGAGUUGUACUUGGCAGAGUCACAGUACAGCUCUCAGAGGACAGCAGGCUCUGGAGACAUUUACACUCCCGAGUCAGGGGCUGCCCACACAGGUCUGGCCAGGGCAUGGAGCGAUCCUUGCAGCCUUGGCUUCCUCUGCCUCACAGCUGUACCUUUCUCUUCUGUUUGGCUGAACUUGUGCUCUUGCUCUGGCCAGAGGAUUGGCUGAGGGAAUCAUGGAACCCUCUGCUCAUGUGGGUCAGUUAGGGCACCCUUCAGGAGGGUGUGUUUAUUUGCUCAGGGUGGGCAGCCUAUGUGAAGGAGACAGAGGUGACGAGGGUGCUUUAUUAUCCUUAACACUGGCUUUAUUUUAAAUGGUGGCUUAGUUUGGGGCCCCAAUCUUUUAAGACUUUUCAUAAUGAUGUUAAGACCAGGGCAAACCAUCUGCUGGCCAUGGACUGCAGCCAGGAGAUGCCCUGCCUCUCCUGGGACCUGCACACCUCCUCUCGACAAAGGUCCCUGAGGCCAAGGGAGGUCUCCCUCCCGCUAGGUCCCUGACUUUGACUUUGUGGUUCUAUAGGAACCAUGUGCACACUUGUCACUCUGUUGUAACCACAAAGGGCAGUGGCACCCAGCAUGUCAGUGUCCUGCCCCAGCUGCCUGCCUCCCACCCACCUGGCACUCUGGGCCGGCUCUUUACCCAGAGGCAGUUCUCGCUUCGUUACUGGUGGACAAGCCUUGAGCUGAAAAGCUCUUUGUUCUCUUUGGCUAGAAAAUGUAAGGUUUGUGUUUUCUAAGUUUUAGUUUUUAAGGAAUGGAUACUUAUCUCUGGAUGCCAUCUGUGUUCUGACCCCAGUGGGUGGGUUGGGGCUUAAUGUCUCUCCCUUGGUCCUACCUUCUGCCGUGUGGUGCCCUCCUUUCCUUCCAGAAGUUUGGGGGUCUGGCCCCUCCUAAAGUACUUACUUGCAAACAGUGUGGCCGCCGCCCGCUUCUUGGAGAAGCCUUUUGAAAGCGGCAGGAACAGGAAGGAGCAUGCCUGGAGGUUGAUAUCCUGGAGAGAAAGUAUUCACAGGUUGGCCUUCGGACCUAAGGCUGUGCAGAAAGAGUUGAUCUCUGGGGUUUGUCUUGCCAUGAAAGUCUCCUAAUUCCCUCUAGGAGCUGAUGGCGAAGUCUGAGGCUCUGGCACUCAGAUCUUUGACAUCUUGUAAAGAGAAGCAGGCCUGAGAAGCCAGCUUCUGUUUGGCUCUCCAUGGGUUCACCUUGGGAUGAGAGGUGCUCUCACUUCCUAAGCAACCUGUUCUCAGCUGUGGCAGCCUCCUUGCAAACGCGGAAAAGACGCAUGCUGAACUAGAAUGCUGCAGGAAUGCACAUACAAGAAAUGUCUAGAGAAAAGAACUACACAUGUUUGGAGAGAGCCAGCCACCCUAUGGAGGACCUGCCUCAGUCACCUUAUCCUUGGCCCCAGGGCCGAGCUUUGUGGGACUGACUCCCUUGGUUAGGGAUGGUACUAGGCAGUGAGGCUCCUUGUCCCUGCUGAGAGGGUGCUGUGACCUGCUUUCCACUCAGGCAGCUCCUCCAGACCUCUAGCCUGGGGACAGAUGUGAAGCUCUCAAGUGGCCCUGAGAGGUAUGCUCCCUGUAAGGAGGAGCUGUGGAGCCCCUGGUUUCCAGGGCUAAGCCCCACCUACAGCUUCUCUAACAUCUGUUAAUUAAGUGCAAUAAAUUUUUCUAGAAAAAGGCAAAGAUGAUUUCCAGGUAGAGAUUGCUGUCUUUUGGUAUUGGGAUGCCAGAACACCACUUGGUUUUAUUUUUCUAAGUGCAUGUGAUUGGUAGAGUGUGUGGGGCUCUGCAUCCUUCCUGGGAGCCACAUUCCAGCGGCCCCUCUCCCUACCUUUGUUGGGGGAAAGAGGCCAGGAGAAAACCCCUCUGUCCCAGCUGCAGAGGUAAAAGCAGACAGCAGCCCAUUGGCCUUGUGUGUGUGUGCCUGUGCGAGUGUGUCACGGCUGCUGGGCCGGAGGGUGUGGUAGGGGGGAAGUUGGGAAUGUAUCCUUUUCAAACAAAUUAAAUAUUUUGAGAUGAGAA